UUUCAUGAAAAAAGUGUGCCUUUGCACAAAAAAGGUUGAAAAACACUGGGAUAUGGUAUGUAACAGAAAUCAAUUAUUUACUUCAAAAGCACACUACAACAAUUACAAUAAUUAUAGUUUGGGAAACAACAUGUGCACAUCUAGUAACCUUCUUCCUCCCCCUGUCAAAAUACUGUCAAUUGUCCACCGUGGUGGGCUCAAAUGAAUGGGAACCAACUACUCAUUCUAAAAAAAAUAUUUUUGAAGAGUUUCAAUGUUUUUUUUUCCUGCUAUUAAUCUAUACAGAGCAAGGAUGUGGCUGUUCCUUAUAAUGAUAUGCUUAAUGCAGCAGGCUGAACAUUCAGAAGGAUCUGUAAGCCAUUUGAAUCCUCAAGAAUUCAUGACGAUUCCUCAAAUUAUUCAGUACUGGGGAUAUUCCAGUGAAGAAUAUGAAGUCCUGACUGAUGAUGGCUAUUAUCUUAAGUUAAACAGAAUUAUUUCCCGAAGACUUUUCCCUCAUCUGACAGGGAGUAAGCCAGUUGUUUUAUUAGUACAUGGUUUGCUGUUUGAAGGGAGAUGUUGGAUUGCAAAUCUUCCCAGCAACAGUCUGGGAUUUUUUCUAUCAGAUGCCGGCUACGAUGUCUGGAUAAUAAAUAUCAGAGGGACCACGUGGUCUAGAAGCCACCAGAAAUUUUCAAUUGACCAGGAAGAAUUCUGGGAAUUCAGUUUUCAUGAAAUGGCUAUAUAUGAUAUCCCAGCAACUAUAGCAUUCAUUCUGCAGAAAACAAAGCAAAAUAGAUUAUAUUACUUUGGCCACGGCCAGGGAGGAACACUAGGAUUUAUUGCCUUUUCACUCCUGCCCCACCUAGCACAAAAAGUGAAACUCUUACUGUGUUUUAGUCCUGCUUACACAUUAAGGGGUAUUACAGGACUUCCCAAAGCACUGGGAAAAAUUCCAGCUGGUCUAAGAAAACUAAUAUGGGGCAAGAAGGAAUAUUACAUUUUAAGUAACAGAUUAAAAACCUUCCUGGCCUAUGGAUGUAGCCAUGCCAUGCUUGAUAAGCUUUGCCUUCAAGGUAUAUUCUUUAUGGGAGGACAUAAUAAAAAAAACCUAAAUACGAGUCGAGCAGAUGUUUAUGUUGGAAUUUUUCCUGAUUUCACAUCUGUUAAAACAUUAUCUCAUUGGGGACAGGUUAUUUAUUCCAAGGAAUUUAAACAUUUUGAUCAUGGCAAAAAGAACAAAGCCAUAUAUAACAGAACAACACCUCUGUUUUAUAAAAUUGAAGAUGUUACAAUACCAGUAGCUGUCUGGAGUGGAGGAAAGGAUAUUGUUGCAACACAAAGAGAUGUUGAAUUAUUGAUUUCUCGAAUCACUUACUUGGUUUUCUAUAAGAAUAUUCCUGACUGGCAACACAUGGAUCCUAUCUUGGGCCUAGAUAUCCCACAACAGCUAUAUAAAGAUAUACGUAAGCUAAUGCAGAAGUAUUAGGCUUAAUUUUAGAGGUGGAACGUAAAAGAAGAAGCAAGAUCUUAAAGCAUUCGUUUAUUUUUUGCCAUGAAUUCUUCAUACCUAAUGUUUAAAUUGUAUUGAAAAAUAUGUUAGAAAUUAACUUUUAAAGUUAAUUAAGCUAUGUUAUACAUGUACUCAAAGUUAUAUGCAUGCAAACAUGCACAUUUCCUAGUCUAAAUAACAUGAAGUUACAGGAUACUUUAGGUUGGC